UUUACUGCACGCAUAGACUAGCAACCACUGUUUCGAGUCUUGGCAUGUGAGCGGUGUAAGAAACAGCAGCUGCACUUUCUCAGUCACUCACUCUCUCCGUCUCUCGCUCUCUCCCUCUCUCCUGGAGCCGCCGCCUGCACAGCGCCACAGUCGCCGGCCGAGCACGCCACCGUCGACACCGUCCAAGGGAGGACAACGCCGUUACACUGCUAACACCCCGCAUCGCAACCGUGCACGGAGGCCUCGGCGCGUCGGAGAGCGAGCCACGUGGAGGGAUCUGGACUGGGGAAGCACCGCCGCCCGUGCUGUGGUUGAAGCCGCCGGGGAAUGGUGCGCUGCUCCCGUCGACCGCAGUCUGCACAAUCCCGUCGGCGAGUCUCUCAGAUCUGUCUCUUCCACCUUUUCUCUUUCUCGUCUUAUCCUUCUCUCCUCGGUACAGUAUGUUCUCACGGUCAACCAUGGCUACUUGCAGGCUUGCAGUCCGAGCCUGACCAAGCUAAUGGGAGGGAGAUGCACACUAGCUAGCUGAUCAAGCAUUGAGCGUCACAAGCCAUCCGUUCUUGCUGAUCCGAGUCUGACGACCAAACUAUUCCCUGUAUUUGAGGGGGUAUCGAAGAAAGGGGCGAUGGCGCAGUCGGCUGUGAGCACCGUGCUCGGGACCGUGGGCAGUCUUGCAGUCCAGGAGACCACAUUCUUGUGUGCAGUCAACCUUGAAGUGGGGUUGUUGAAAGAUGAACUGAUGAGGCUGAAGGCCUACCUCAAAGAUGUUGAUAGCAAGUGGAGAUCAGGAAAUGCAAGGGUUGCAGUCUUGGUGAGCCAGAUCAGGGAUGCGGCUUAUGAAGCUCAGAACAUCAUUGAAGCUGCAGAUCACAUGGCGAAGAGAAACAGGCUCAAGAAGGGAUUCAUGGGUGCUAUUUCAAGGUAUGCUCGCCUACCGACUGACUUGGUCGCCCUUCGCAAAAUCGGUGUUGAAAUUCAGCAUGUAAGAAGGAAGCUCAAUGAGAUUUUUGCAAGUGCGGAAAAACUGAAUAUUAAUUUGGAUAAUAAUGUUCUAGUUGAGGAUGAGUCUCCACAAGAUGAUGGACCUAUACAUCAAAACUCUGAAGAUGAUGUUGUCAUGGUUGGUUUUGAGGAUGAGCACGAAGAAAUAGUGGACAAGUUAGUUGACAAUGAUUACCUGCUUAGUGUUGUGUCUAUAGUUGCCAUGGGUGGGGCAGGAAAAACAACACUUGCUAGAAAAGUCUACACUUCAUCUAGAGUUAAGGAGCACUUUGACACACUUGCUUGGGUGACUGUAUCUCAAAAGUUCAAGGGUGUUGAUUUACUAAAGGAUAUUAUGAAACAAAUCACAGGGCACAAGGACGAGUCUGUUGACCAAAUGAAAGAGUAUGAGGUGGGAAAGAAUAUUAUGAAACAAAUCACAGGGCACAAGGACGAGUCUGUUGACCAAAUGAAAGAGUAUGAGGUGGGAAAGAAGAUCAAUGAAUUUCUAUCACAAAAAAGGUACCUAGUAGUUCUUGAUGACGUUUGGGAAACAGAUACAUGGGAGAAAUUAAACAGAACGAUUAAAGUCUUUCCAGAUGAAACUAAUAGUAGUAGAGUGCUGUUAACCACACGAAAGGAAGAUGUCGCAAAUCAUGUUCAGAUGCCAACCCAUGUUCAUCAUUUGAAGAAGUUGGAUGAAGAGAAAAGUUGGGAUCUUUUUAGCAGCAAAGCUUUACCACCAUACAAAAGGUAUGCCAUACGUGAUGUGGACGAGUUUGAAAAGCUUGGGAGAAAGCUUGCAAAGAAAUGUGAUGGAUUGCCACUUGCACUUGGAGUUUUGGGAGGUUAUCUGUCUAAAAAUCUAAAUGCACAAAUAUGGUCCGAUAUACUCUCUGAUUGGCCAGCAACCAAGGAUGGACAAAUGAUGAGUGUCAUACUGGCACGCAGUUACAAGGACCUACCGAAUCAUCAUUUGAGAUCUUGUUUACUUUAUUUUGCUGCUUUUCCUGAGGAUUAUGAAAUACAUGUGCCGCAUCUUAUUGAGUUGUGGAUAGCAGAAAGUUUCAUUCCAGAUACACCAAACCAUACACUAGAAGAAACAGCACGGAGCUAUGUAAUCGAGUUGGCUCAGAGAAGCUUGGUCCAAGUUGUUGACAGAAGUACGACACAUGGAUGGAUAGACAGAAUAAGGAUUCACGAUAUCUUGCAUGACUGGUGCAUACAAGAAGCAAGACAAGAUGUUUUUCUUGAUACCAGCAACAAAACUGUAGACCAAGCUGGUGCAUCAUCAUCAUCAUCUGAUAACUUGAUAUCUUAUCGUUUUAGUUUUCAAACUUCGAGUUAUCAGAUUUUACCUGCGACACCUAAUGUCCGAAGUUUGCUUGGCUUUAAACUCUCAUCAGUGUCCCUUCCUAAGCUGAGAUUCCUGAGAGUUCUUUGCAUUGAAGAUUCAGCACUAAAUGAUUUCUCGACUGUAAUUGGUGGGUGCAUUCACCUAAGAUUGCUUAGGUUGAGAAAUUGUCAUGGUGCGGCGCUCCCUUCUUCAAUUGGCAAACUCCUUUACUUGCAGACUAUAGAUCUCAAACACACACAACUUGAGUCAGUGGUACCAAACUCUCUGUGGGAUAUCCCUACUCUAAGGCAUGUUUACCUUGACAAUGGGUUUUCUCCACCGCCACCUGCAAGGAGUGUGCGACUGCAGCCGAAAGAGCUACAGAGCUUUGUGUUGCAUCUUUAUCCUGUUGGCACUGAUUUCCGCUGUCAUGACAUGAUGAUUUUCUUGGGCCAGCUGAAUCAACUAACAACGGUCUCCUUGUCGAUGCAACCCAAUAUACCAGCCGAGGUGCUCAACAUAUUUGCAAACAUGCCUCACCUGGUCGAUAUUAGUCUCGGCCAAUUUGAUGUGCUCGAUAAGCUGCCUGCCGAGUUCCCACAAAGCGUACGCUCUCUUUUUCUAUCUGCUGAUGUCAUAAAACAAGACCCGAUGCCGAUCCUGGAGAAGCUUCCCUGUCUUGUGGUGUUGAGGUUGUGGGGGUACAAAGGCCAGACCGUGUGCUGCUCUUCCCAAGGGUUUCCUCGGCUGCAAGAGUUAGAACUUGGUAAUUUUUCCACCGAGGUGUGGAGGAUGGAGGAAGGGGCAAUGCCAAAGCUCUCCCACCUGACACUUCAGUCCUGCAAGAAGAUCAGCAAGCUUCCCGUGGGGUUGCUGCACCUUCCGUCUCUCGAUCACCUGGAGCUGGCCUUUAUGACCCAGAUUUCUGAAGAUGACAUCACACUAAAUGAGCUGCGGCGGAAAGGAUGCGAGAUCUGUGGGGCGCGAUGAAUUCAUCUUCAGUCUCGUCUAAAAUAUGGCACUCUCCCGAUUCAUUCUUGAACCCAUCUCCCUCCUCCCAAUCCUCAUAAUAUCCUGCUUUCCUUCUCCCUCCCUUGAAGGACACCAUGGGCGAUCGAUACGACAGCCUCCCUCCUCCAGUGGCCCCUCGCUCCUCCUGCUCCGUCUAGAAUCGAGAUCCGCCCUCCCGAUGCCAAUGUCGCCGCCUCCUCGUCCUCCGAUGCCGUCGGCCGUGUACAAGAUGGAGCUGAGGUGGUCUCGGAGAGGCUGCUGCCCAUCGCUCCUCUCCACCACCAGCCGCCUGCACCUCCCCCGAACUCCAAGUCUCUUUCCCUGGCGGCAGAGAGAGAUGGUGCUAAUCCUCCAAGAUGUCUGUUGCAUUUAUUUUCUUUCAUGUACAAAGGUGUCAGUUCAUUUUCAGUGCAAAAUGUACAUAGAGUCCAGAAACUGGGUUGUACAGAGCCGUGCAUGCCUAUACCUUACUUGCUCAUAACAAAUCCAUAUGCAUCGAUGAAUAAUUUUUUCUCGACAGAAAAGCCUUCAUGGCUAGCUUUAUUAAAAUUA